UGAGUUGCUUAUGAAUCUGAAGGUCUCAAGAGAAGAGGAAGCCAAGGAAGCCCUGCCUUUGGUCUUUCAUCAUCGUCCUUCACCAGCUCUCAGUUUCUCAGCCUCCAACGGAAGAUUUCGGAGAAGGAAAGGACUCAGGACUCAGGACUUGCCGAGAGAAAGGCACUCGAGCCUACCAUGAUAUUUGUAUCUGUAUUGGAGACAUCAUGAACCACUUAGUGAUAGGCAAUAUGAUGUGAUCAAGGACGUUUCCAGAUACUGUAGAUCACAAUUAUGCUACCAUGCCGGAGGCAGUCUUGGCACAAAGCUGCAACACGUCGGUGCUUUCUGAUCUAACUCUGCUCAUUCAUUGCCGGCAGAGGCUGGAGAUAUGCCAGCUGCGAUUCUCUUUGCUUCAAUCCUACUCCAAGUAUUUCCGUGAAGUGGUCUGGCUCCUGCGACACUGGCCUACCUACCCCAACGCUCGAGCUACCCCCGGCCCAAAAAGAGCUGUUCACUUGUGUCAAGUGGGUGAUCCACACUGGUGUGUCGUCUCGGAGAUCGAGAGGCAGAAGGCUCGAAGAAUCACGAGGAAUCAUGUACAUGCAGUUUGAUGUGGCCAUGUCCCCCUGUAGACUCGCAAGCAUCUUAGAUGUUGGCCAGCUGGGCAGCUUUUCGGCGGUGAGUUCUCAGAUGUACAGGAGCUUUGAGGAGCUGGAUGAGUGCAAACGAAGGAAGCAGCGCUGCUGGGGUGCUUGGAAAUCAGGGACCAAACAACAAAUUCUGAAGAUGAUGCAUGACCUGGAAACGGUGAGUUUGCCGCACUCCUCCAAGCUUCUAGACGGACAGCGAGAGCAUCUUGCGCAUUUGUUUGAGAAGUUGCGCCAUGGCAUCUUGGGUGGAAGCAGUGAUCUUUUUUACAUACCACGGGAAGCUUUUGAAGUCUUCAGUGCUUAUGCUGCUGUCUUCAAGAAGCAUGCCGUAGACAUGGAAAUCGCACAGCCAACCCUCCUCACCUUCCUGCCAGUUCUCUUGGCCAUCGGCCUACAGAGCUUUGACUGCCAUGGCAGUUGCUGCGAGUGGGUGCGCGAAAAGGCGAUACUUUCGAGAGACUUUGUUUGUGGACACCGGAUCAACUAUCACAACACUGAGGUACUGAGGGCUGUGACUAGCUUGAUCAAUCCCACAGGUGAAGGAAAGAGACAGAAAAGCUGGCUAUCCAGUACCACAGCACUUCGACAGGAAAUCCAUGCCUUGCAAAGCCAAAGGGAUGAGACGCUCAGGAGCCCAAACACACCAAGCUCGGUGGUAAAUCACACAGAGCUCAGCCUAUCAAGAGGAGAUGUCCUCCAGACCUUUCUGGUCAACCAGACCAACAGUUCGGGAAGAGCCACGCGCACGCGCCUGUCGAGCCCUACAAGAGCUAUGCGCCUGCAAAACCCUGCGGAGCUGGUGCCGCUCGGAGCCACCGUCAUGCUGGUCUUUCUGGCCUUCAGAUGCGGCUGUCGCUUCAGCCGUCGCUUCGCUUCAGCGUUUCUGAACGAACUCGGUUGAGCGGGUGCAGAUGAAUUCAUGUUUUCAUUGCACGUCUUAGAGGAAGAUGAAAGAUCUCUUGAAGAGACUGUUCCUUCCUUUGCAUUUCCUCUAAGGCCUUGAAGAAAUGGAUGGUGGAAAGAAUAAGAAGAACCUUUUGCGGGGGGGUCAGAUUGACACUCAGAUCAUUCCCCAACCUGGCAGAGAAGCCAGAAAAUAUCAGAC